UUCCGGGGCGCUGCGGCACCGGCGGCGGAGCGGUACCGGCGGCGGGGAGCGGCCGGGGAGCGGGGCGGAGCGGGAUCGCGGCCGGCGGCGGACGGCCCGGGAGCCCCGGAACAGCGGGUCCUGCCGGAGGCGGGGGUGGGCUGCGCCCGGUGAGACGCUCCGGCGGCGCCCGCGGGUCCCGCCAUGGCGGCGGACUCGGAGGUGCUGCACUUCCAGUUCGAGCAGCAGGGCGAUGCCGUGCUGCAAAAGAUGAACCUCCUGCGCCAGCAGAACCUCUUCUGCGACGUGUCCAUCUACAUCAACGACACCGAGUUCCAGGGACACAAGGUGAUCUUCGCCGCCUGCUCCACCUUCAUGCGGGAUCAGUUCCUGCUCAACCAGUCCAGGCAGGUGCGGAUCACCAUCCUGCAGAGCGCCGAGGUGGGCAGGAAGCUGCUGCUGUCCUGCUACACGGGCGCGCUGGAAGUCAAGAAAAAAGAGCUGCUGAAGUACCUGACGGCCGCGAGUUACCUGCAGAUGGUUCACAUUGUGGAGAAGUGCACCGAGGCUUUGUCCAAGUAUUUGGAGAUCGACGCUUCCAUGGAGAGCGGUACCCAGGCUGCUGAGGGGUGCCACUCCUCGGAUGCUGAACUAAGGAGCGGGGAUGAGGUUUUAGAUAAAGAUUGUGAAAUAAUCGAGAUCUCUGAAGACAGUCCAGAGAAUGAAGAAUACCCCGUGAAACAGGAGGAUGGUGAUGGCGAUGGGGAUGGCCCACACCCUGCAGGGCAGAGCUUGGUGUCGGAAAGGAAGGACACAAAGUCCCCAGAAAUAUCAACAGUGGAAAUCGGGUAUAAGGAUGAUGAAAUCUGUAUCUUCAGAAUGGAUUCCAUGAGUGUGGCGAACGUAGAAAAUGAUCAUUUUCCUCAGCCUUGCACUUCCUCUAAAACAAAUCUAUAUUUCCCAGAAACCCAGCACUCCUUGAUAAACUCUACAGUUGAAAGCAGGAAUACAGAAAUGCCAGGAAAUCACUUUCAGGCUUUUGUUGGUGACAAUCCAGAAGGAACUUCUAGUGGGGUGAAUGGAUUCCAGAGCCUGGAGGAUUCUGGCAGCUCAUGGCGGCACCAGUGUCCAAAGUGUCCGAGGGGCUUUCUGCACCUCGAGAACUAUCUCAGACAUCUGAAAAUGCACAAACUCUUCCUGUGCUUGCAAUGUGGCAAAACAUUUACGCAAAAAAAGAAUCUCAACAGGCACAUCCGGGGGCACAUGGGGAUCCGGCCCUUCCAGUGCAUGGUGUGCUUGAAGACCUUCACGGCCAAGAGCACGCUCCAGGAUCACCUCAACAUCCACAGCGGGGACAGGCCCUACAAGUGCCACUGCUGCGACAUGGACUUCAAACACAAGUCUGCUCUUAAAAAGCAUUUGACUUCUGUUCAUGGAAGGAGCAGCAGCGAAAAGCCAAACCUGAACACUAUUACAAAAGUUAAAAUAGACUAUGACUGAUAGCUGGGCAAUUGUGGAGUCAGACUCCACAAAAAGCUCCUGGCUAGUGAAAUUCUAGAAGCAAUUCCAGUUCCAGAUCCCCAUCUAAGGGAGAGAAGCAUAAACAGGUGGCUGGUGAUCCAAGACAGGCCUUGGAGCAGGAAACCUGCCUGCUCCAUUAAGGUUGCUAUUGCUGUCAGUGAAAAAACGUGUUUCCUAGUUGAAAGUAAACUGCAAAAUAUGGGAAAUUAUUUCAUGCUUCUCUUCUGUUAUACUGAGCAUAUCCUGGUCCCCCAAUGAUGUUUUAUAUUCCUUGUUUCAAGGGCAGGCACUGCUGACUUUCAGACUAUUACUGAUACUGCAAUAAGCUGAAGCCUGAGCCAUGGUGUUGGUAACAACAGCUGAGGGAAGGGGAUGUUUGUAUUUAUUCAAGUCAGUUGUUCCCAUCCAGUUCCUGGAUCAUUCAUGGUGAAAUCAUCUCCUUCCUUGCCCAAACUUUGCUAGAUCUUCCAGAAAGAAGGUGUGUUUUCAUACUCAAGUCUGUGACGUUUAAGGACACACAACAAACAAAAACUAAUCAAGGAACCUUUCAAUUUGCCUCUUGCAAAUAGAGAAUUUGUAAAAGAGAAAGAAACAAACAGUAUUGCCUUGCAGUUUAUUUGUAACUGGACAGUCCCAUGAAAAGGACUUGCUUUUAGUUUUAUCAAGUUCUGAAUUUUUAUAAACUUCUUUCUUCUAAUAGUGGGGGUUUUUUCUGUCAUAUCAGUGUUUUGCACCUGUAUUUGAUAAGUUUAGUCCUGUUUGUUGCAUCAUAACAUCUGCCUUCAUUUUUUUACAGAUCUUAGCUAUAUGCACUUGUGUGAAAUUCAGCUGUGUGCUCUUGGGUAAUCACAGUUUCAAUGCUAAUUUUGAAAAACAGGCAUUUCUGUCUGACUAGCAAUGGCUUAGACAUAGAGGUCUCAGACCCUGAUUCUGUGACACGGUAACACAGUCAUGAUGUGUGUUUGCAGAAGUGUGUUUGUGCUUUGUCAAAGGUCAUUUUAGUUUCAUCACGAGCAUCGAGUGCCCUGUGAUGCAGUCUGUGUCUUUGGCUGGUACAUGUUUCUUCCACUAAAUGUAAUAUGAAUAAAGAGUCAUUUCAGUUGUUAGUAUGAGAUAAUGGUACUUACAACUAGCAAAAAGCAGUAGUUCUUACUCCAGUCUGUAUCACGCUUUCCUUCAAGUUUCAGAAGUGCUGUUCCAAGUUCUUGCUCGGAGUCCAGAAGUCUGGCCCAAAUGCUUCAGAAUCUGGCUGGCUCUAAAAUCUAAGACAAUAGUUUUUAAUGUCAGUUCACUUUCCUUCCCUGUGUCUGUGAGUGCACCAGCCUGUUUGGGGUUUUAUUGAUCAGCUACGUGAGGGGUUGGGUGUGUACAAUGUCUACCGUGCACUUUCCUGUUACUACUUGUUACAGGCAUGGUCAGGUGUAUGCGUGGGUAUUUCCCUCAUGGGCACUUCCCUGUGUGCCAAAGGGGAAACAGACUGAUCUUUUGAAGUGUAUCUUCUGUGGGAGCAGGUUCCGAGUUAUUUUGGUCAUGCAUGUAAACAUGAGAGGGAGUUGUGUUGUGUGACAGCCCACCAGCAUGUUCUGUUCAGUGGCUGCAGUGUCUCAGUAAGCUUUGUGGACAAACCCUGGUCUUGUGCACAUGUUCACAUCAAGAGGAGUUUCCUCUCCCCUGUCCGUACAUGUAACCAUGUCUUGUCAUAACACAAUAAAUGAAAUGCAAACAA